AUGGAAUCCCUUCCCUUGCUCAAUCUACCCGAUGGCAUCAGCAUCUGGACCGCACGUGACCUGGAUGAUGUUAAGCGACGCAGCCUGAAGGGUAAUCCUGAGGAUGAUGAGUUCAAGCAUAAUCUCUUUAGCACUAUCAAUAUUCUUGGCGCAUGCAGCCAAUUCUCGCAAGGUUUAGUUGUACCGCUUACCACUGUCUCUCGUCUAUACGAGAAUAGUUCUUAUACUCUUUAUUUACUUACUUACGAGGGCCGGGGUGUGGGGAUACUCAAAGUUGGGUUAAAGAACCUUUUCCUAACGCAUCCAGUAACCUAUCAGAUGGUAGAAGUCGAACCGAUGUGUGUAUUAGACUUUUUUGUCGAUGAAUCCUACCAGCGGCGUGGGUUUGGCGAGCGUCUGUUUAGGGCGAUGCUUGAGAGAGAGCGUUUAGAUCCUUGGCGUCUGGCCAUCGACCGGCCAGGGCCAAAAAUUUUAAGUUUCUUACAAAAACACUAUGGUCUUAAGACUUACAUGCAACAAGCAAAUAAUUAUGUAGUCUUUGACCGUUUUUUCGAUGGAACCUACGUGACGGAAAGGGGCAUGCUGAAGUGGGGCACCCCCCCCGCUUCUUAUCCAGAUUCGAUGUAUAGUUCAACACUGGCAUAUGGUUCGCGAAAAAACUACCACCCGAGUGCGCACACGCCCUUCGAUCUCGAGGGCGAUAGUAUUGCACGCAGGCGCAGCAUUACCGGCAGCAGCGCACUCGGGGCAAUUGAUCCGUAUAACGGACUGCCGACUACAAACGCCACGUAUGGUUCUUCAGGUAUGCAUAACGCGUCCUUCUACCAGUGGGGUUCUUUCCUUGGACGAUCACCAGCAAGUCGUCCGGUCACCUCAUCGUUCCUUCCGCCCCCUACACUCUCGAGGCUGAGUCUCGGGCCCCUCCUCCCUUCCCCCGCGGUGGCGCCGAUGAUGGUCCCUCUCACUGCGCAUUCCUCGCGCCUUAGCUGCCGGAGCUCUUCUUCAGGAAGCAGCAAUCGAACUCUCGCCUUGGAGGGCGCGGGCCUGGGGGAUUUGUCGCAUCGCAGGGUGUCCUCGCGGGAGUGGGAUCUCGACGACGGCCUCGUUGGGGACUUCUGCCGCCGACAAAGCGGCCUGGAUGGACGCUGGGCGGGCCCCCUGACGGCCAUCUCCAGUGGCAGGCACACCCCUACCGAGAGUUGUGUGGAGUACAAUAUUAUCAAUGGAAUUCCCCUGUAG